AUGGACUUACCACCUCAACAAGGUGUCACAAGCACCAGGUCAAGUGAAGACCUACUUCAAGGAAAGACACAUCCUGUUGCCAGUGGAAACAACUGCAGCAAAGAGCUUGGCCGCCCAAAGGGAAUUAACCAAAACAGCUCGACUGCUGGUGCUGCAGUCCCCAAUGGCACCGCCCCCACCCCUCUCCCUCCCCCAGCUACAACAGCAGCAACCAAUGUCCAGCGGGUGCAGGUUCAAAGGCAACGCUCGUUCAAAAGAACAGAUGAUGAACUGAUAAAACGGUCGCGUGUGCAGUCUAGCUCUUAUGAGCUCUCCCAAGACUUGCAAGAAAAGCAGCUGGAAAUGCUUGAGCGGAAAUAUGGGGGAACAAUACGAUCUCGACGAGCAGCGCGAAUAAUCCAGAGAGCGUUCCGCAAAUAUUGUAUGAAUAAGAACUUUGAGAAAUUGAGAAACUCAGUCGGCGAGCGUCGAUUGUCCAAACGGCUAUCCGAACUUGGACGGAGUAAUACCGUUUGGACCGACCGCAUAAGUUCGGAUAUGCAGUUUACGAUGGGAGGUACAGCAUUGCAGAAUACAGACUCAAAGAUUGACCAAUUGUCACAGGAGAAUGUGCGGAAGCGAAUUGCAGAGAUUGAAUCCCGAAAGAACUUGGACAACAAACUCCACCACCAACUGUCUUUGGACCCUUCAUUGAAGAUUGACAAUCUCAAGCGGACACAACGAAAGGAAAGGAGGCGUUUGGAAAGGUCAAUGGAGAUAGAUUUAACGGACAUUCCCACCGAAAACGUGAAGGAGGAGGAGCGAGAAGAGAAAUGUAGUGCCCAGCUGGCUGCCUCCAUCGCCGCGGAAACAAAUAACAAUAGAAACUCUUACCCAGAGCUAAAUGACAGUAGUGCCAGUGACUCCCCACAAGCAACACCUGUGGAGAGCACAGUUGAUUUGCAUAGCCUAGAUUUUGAAAAUUUGCUCGAGAGCAAAGAGACAGACAUUUUGACAGAUAGUUUCCAUAGUGACAGUAUCCAUAGCGAUGGGAGCCAGGAGACUGGGUCCCUGAUUGGCCAUCAUAAGCCACAAGCCCUGUCUCUGUCAAUGGAACUCGAGCCCCGGUUGCACAAUGUGGUUAGUAAAGAUCUGCAUGGGUCCUGUGAUAGUAUGGGUAGGUUGUACCCGGAGUCGGGGGUCUCGGAGAUCCCCUCUGAGGUCCAGAUCAAAGUUGAUCUGGCCUCCCCCGAGGACACCGGACUGGACGAUCAGAAGACCCUGAAUGAAGACACUAUAAAAUAUUACAUGAACACAAGGGUGAAAUUACGUGGCGGUGGUAGUAGUGGUGGUAGUAGUGGUGGUGGUGGCAGUGGCAGCGUACGUGAUAUUAAAGACAAGAAAGGUGUGAUCUCACACCGAGGGCCAGAGGCAUCUCCGAUUUGGAAGCGAAAGAGUGCUGCCAACUCGACUGUGUCAGUUGUAAACAAAGGUGAGGUGAAGCGAAUGAGCAACAUCUCUGAGACGAGCGAGCCAGAAAGUCUGGAUGGCCAGUGUUCAAGUUCCCCCAGCUCAGAUAAUGUGAGUUCAGAAAACAUAAGUAUAGGCAGUGAGAAUAGUAUAAGUUAUCAAAGAAAAAUCCGUAUCAGCGUCACAAAUGACCAACACAUGACUAGGAUUGGCGAUCGGGAAAGGAAGCGACUGUAUAGAAUUGGGUUGAAUUUAUUUAACAAAAAACCAGAAAAGGGCCUCCGCUUUCUCAUAGAGCGUGGUUUUGUUGAUCAAUCUCCACCAAAUAUCGCCAAAUUUCUGAUUACCCGAAAGGGACUUAGCAAACAGAUGAUUGGGGAGUACCUUGGGAAUUUACAGAUUCAAUUAAAUCAAGAUGUCUUAGAUUACUUUGCUGAGGAAAUAGAUUUGUCAGGACUCCAAGUGGAUGUAGCACUUCGAAAGUUCCAGUCCUUUUUCAGAAUGCCGGGAGAAGCACAGAAAAUUGAAAAACUCAUGGAGGCAUUUGCUCAUCGCUACUGUAUAUGCAACCCUGACCAAAUCAAAAAUUUCCGAAACCCAGACACUAUCUUCUUACUGGCCUUUGCUAUCAUCAUGCUCAAUACAGACUUGCAUAAUUCCAACAUUAAGACAGAAAAGCGAAUGAAACUAGAAGACUUUAUCAAAAACCUCAGAGGAAUUGAUGAAACUGAAGAUAUUGACCGUGACUUAUUACGAGGAAUAUAUGAACGGAUCCGCGCCCAAGAGUUUCAGCCAGGAGUAGAUCACCAGUCUCAAGUAAUGAAGGUUGAACAGACCAUUGUAGGCAAAAAACCACAACUUGCUUUACCGCACAGACGCCUUGUUUGCUACUGCCGCCUUUAUGAAAUUCAUGAUCCUUAUAAAAAAGAAAAAAUUGGUCUUCAUCAGCGUGAAGUGUUUCUUUUUAAUGACAUCAUUCUAAUUACAAAAAUUUUUAGCAAGAAAAAAACAGGAAUCACCUACUCCUUCAAGCAGUCCUUCUCCUUGUAUGGCAUGCAGGUGUAUCUGUUUGGAACGCCUCGUGAAUUUUUCAAAGUUUUAAAAAAAAUUGAUUCUUCCAAUCUAAUCUUUGUCUCACCAAUUGUUUUGUUUCUCUCUCUCUUUCUCUCUUGUUUCUCUCUUUCUCUUGUUUCUCUCUUUCUCUCGUUUCUCUCUUUCUCUCUUGUUUCUCUCUUUCUCUCUUGUUUCUCUCUUUCUCUCUUGUUUCUCUCUUUCUCUCUCUCUCUCGUUUCUCUCUCUCUCUCUCUCUCUCGUUUCUCUCUCUCUCUCUCUCUCUCUUGUUUCUCUCUCUCUUCUCUUUCUCUCUCUCUCUUGUUUCUCUCUCUCUCUUGUUUCUCUCUCUCUCUUGUUUCUCUCUCUCUCUCGUUCUCUCUCUCUCUCUCGUUCUCUCUCUCUCUCUCUCUCUCUCUCUCUCUCUCUCUUUCUCUCUUUCUCUCUCUCUCUCUCGUUUCUCUCUCUCUCUCUCUCUCUCUCUCUUUCUCUCUCUCUCUCUCUCGUUUCUCUCUCUCACACAUACAGACAUACACACUUUUCUCUUUAUUUUUUUCUUUUCAUCUUUCAGAUUACCAAUAUGGUAUUAGGUUGUCCAGUAACGGCAAGGUGCUAAUUACGUUCAAUGCUAGGAAUGACCAUGAUAGGCAGAAAUUUGUUGAAGAUCUCAAAGAAGCCAUUUUAGAGACCACUGGCUUAGAAAGCUUACGGAUUGAAGAGGAAUUGCAACGACAUCGUGCCACUCACAACACCAUUGAUGAUGACUCUCGAGUCUUGAUUUAUGACGUGCUAAAGCCAUCAGAUCCUGCGGUAAAUAGGCUCUCUGCACCUGAGUGUGGUUUGAAGAAGUCUGCUUUGUCCAAUUCUCUCCUUGACCUCUGUGAAGGUCAAGGAAUGAAGAGAGAGGACAGUGGAGGAUCUCUCGACAGUGGUGUGAUUCUGUUUGGUGGUGUGAAAGUACGCAUUUCUCAGUGCAAACUGAGUGAAAUCAGUCAUCUGCUCUUCUCACAGGCAUCAGUGGGAACGGUGAGUGGUCACAGUCGUGAUGAUUCUGUCUCCACCAUCCUAAACCCUCAUCGGGGAUCUAUUAUUCAUUCAAACCCAGCCACCCAUGAACGCUGCCACUCUUCAAUAUCUGUCUCUUCAACACGGCCCAACAAUCCCAAGAGAAUUACAGAAACGGCCACUCUUAGCCGAAGCAGCAGCAGCAACAACAACAGCAACAAGCUCAACCCUAGCCCCCACAUUAAUUUCAGACCAACAGUUCCAGAGGGAACAGAGGUGUAA